ACUGACGGGAGGGAGGGAGCUGAGGCGUAGCUGUCCUCGCGGAGGGGAAGGCGGGGGGUGAGGGGGAGCCGCUCGCACAGGCCGUGAGGGAAAAGAGGAGGGGACGGCCAAGGUAGUCAAGAUGGUCAGCCUUCUAAGAGCCGCCGCUCUUUCUUCUUCUUCUUCUUCCUCCUCCUUUUCCCUCACCGGCGGCUCCUUUUGCUGACGACGACUGCUCGCCCGAGCUUGCCUCCUCCUCCUCCCCCGGGCUGGCUGCGCCACUAGCCAUGGUGCCCAGCGAGGAGAACCAGCUGGUCCCCAAAGAGGAUAUGCUUUGGAGAUGCAGACAAAGUAUCUUUGAUGAAAUGAAGAAGAAAUUCUCCCAGACUGAAAAUGCUGCUGAUGAACCUAGAGUGCUUUGUAUAAUACAAGAUACUACUAAUGCUAAAACGGUGAAUGAGCGCAUCACGUUGAACUUGCCAGCUUCCACUCCUGUAAAAAGAUUGUUCGAGGAUGUGGCCACUAAAGUGGGCUAUGUUAAUGGAACAUUUGAUUUAAUUUGGGCCAAUGGCAUCAACGUGGCAGAUACGACACCAUUGGAUCAGUCUAGUGAUAAAUCUGUGGUUGAUGCUGGUUUUGAGUCUGGGAAGAAGAAUUUUCUGCAUCUAACAGAUAAAGACGGAGAACAACCUCAGAUAGCCUUGGAGGAAUCCAGUGGAGCAGAUGAACGGAAUGUGGAUAGAUUUAUAGGCCCUCUUCCACGAGAAGGUUCAGUUGGUUGUUCUAAUGAUUAUGUCAGUCAGAGCUACUCUUACUCAUCAAUUCUAAGUAAAUCAGAAACGGGAUAUGUGGGUCUAGUAAAUCAAGCAAUGACCUGCUAUUUGAACAGCCUGCUACAAACCCUUUUCAUGACUCCUGAAUUUAGAAAUGCAUUAUAUAAAUGGGAAUUUGAGGAAUCUGAAGAAGAUCCAGUGACAAGCAUCCCUUAUCAGCUUCAAAGGCUGUUUGUUUUAUUACAGACCAGCAAAAAGAGAGCAAUUGAAACAACAGAUGUUACACGAAGCUUCGGAUGGGAUAGUAGUGAGGCAUGGCAGCAGCAUGAUGUGCAGGAACUCUGCAGAGUCAUGUUUGAUGCAUUGGAACAAAAAUGGAAGCAAACAGAACAGGCUGAUCUGAUAAAUCAGCUCUACCAAGGCAAGCUGAAGGAUUAUGUAAGAUGUCUGGAAUGUGGCUAUGAAAGUUGGAGAAUUGAUACAUACCUGGAUAUUCCUUUGGUCAUUCGGCCUUAUGGCUCCAAUCAGGCUUUUGCAAGUGUGGAGGAAGCUUUACAUGCUUUUAUUCAACCUGAGAUCCUUGAUGGUCCCAAUCAAUAUUUCUGUGAAAGAUGUAAGAAGAAGUGUGAUGCACGAAAGGGUUUGCGGUUCUUGCAUUUCCCUUAUCUGCUAACCUUACAGUUGAAGAGGUUUGACUUUGAUUAUACCACUAUGCACAGGAUCAAGCUUAAUGACCGCAUGACAUUUCCUGAAGAGCUAGACAUGAGCACGUUUAUUGAUAUUGAAGAUGAGAAGUCUCCUCAAACAGAGAGUUGCACUGACAGUGGAGCAGAGAAUGAAGGCAGUUGUCACAGCGAUCAGAUGAGCAACGACUUCUCAAAUGAUGAUGGAGUUGAUGAAGGAAUCUGUCUUGAAAACAAUAGUACUGCUGAAAAGAUUUCUAAAGUUGCCAGUGAAAAGAAUUCAUUAUUAUAUGAACUAUUUUCUGUUAUGGUCCAUUCGGGAAGUGCAGCUGGUGGACAUUACUAUGCGUGCAUUAAAUCUUUUAGCGAUGACCAGUGGUACAGUUUCAAUGAUCAACAUGUUAGCAAGAUCACUCGUGAAGAUAUCAAGAAAACUUAUGGUGGAACAUCUGGAAGCAGAGGGUAUUAUUCCAGUGCUUUUGCAAGCUCUACAAAUGCAUAUAUGCUCAUAUACAGAUUGAAGGAUGCAACAAGAAAUGCAAAGUUCCUAGAAGUGGAUGAAUAUCCUGAGCAUAUUAAGAGACUGGUAGAAAAAGAAAAGGAGUUAGAAGAACAAGAAAAGAGGCAGCGUGAAAUAGAGCGCAAUACCUGCAAGAUAAAAUUAUUUUGUAUGCAUCCUGUGAAACAAAUAAUGCUGGAGAAUAAACUGGAAGUUCACAAGGACAAGACUCUGAAGGAAGCUGUAGAGAUAGCUUAUAAGAUCAUGGAUUUAGAAGAAGCAGUUCCUUUAGACUGCUGUCGUCUUGUUAAGUAUGAUGAGUUCCAUGAUUAUUUGGAGAGAUCGUAUGAAGGAGAAGAGGAUACUCCAAUGGGAAUCCUGCUUGGAGGUGUUAAAUCAACCUACAUGUUUGAUCUCCUUCUAGAAACACGACGGCCCGAUCAGGCUUUCCAGUGCUAUAAACCUGGUGAAGUCAUGGUAAAAGUUCAUGUUGUCGACCUAAAGCAAGAAAACGUGGCUCCUCCUAUUAGUGUUCGUGCUUAUUUGAACCAGACAGUUACAGAGUUCAAGCAUCUAGUUUCAAAGGCUGUACAUUUGCCUGCAGAAACAAUGCGAGUUGUUCUGGAACGCUGCUACAAUGACUUACGUCUUCUCAGUGUGGCCAACAAAACACUUAAAGCUGAAGGCUUUUUUAGGAGCAAUAAAGUAUUUGUUGAAAGUUCAGAGUCACAGGAUCGACAGCUGGUAUUUACAGAUUCACAAUUAUGGAGGCUCCUGGAUCGCCAUGCAAAUACAAUCAAGCUGUAUAUUUCCUUACCAGAACAAUCUCCUGGAUCACAGUUCAGAAAAACAAUUUUUCAAAAAGCCAGUGGAGAUUCUGCCAACUUAGAUGAAAUUUGUGAAAGAAUAAAAGAACCUUCAAGUAACAUAAAAUCAGUGGAAGCUAUUUUAGAAGAAAGUACUGAAAAACUCAAAACCUUGUCUCUGCAGCAGCAGCAGCAAGAGGGGGAUAAUGGAGACAGCAGCAGGAGUACAGAGGCAAGCGAUUUUGAGACCAUUGAAUCACCUUCCAAUGAGGUAGAUUCAUCUGCAUCAGCAGAAAAUCGAGAACUUGAACAUCCAGUUCAGGUUUCUGAUCCAGAUAAUUUCCAGUCAGAGGAGCGGUCAGAUUCUGAUAUGAAUAAUGACAGAAGUACAAGUUCAGUGGACAGUGAUAUUCUCAGUUCCAGCCACAGCAGUGACACGUUGUGCAAUGUAGACAAUACGCCUAUGCCAUUGGCUAAUGGACUUGAUUCGCACAGCAUAACCAGUAGCAGGCGAUCUAAAGCCAAUGAAGGGAAAAAGGAAACGUGGGACACAGCUGAAGAGGAUUCUGGAACUGACAGUGAAUACGAUGAAAGUGGGAAGAGCAGGGGAGAAUCACAGUAUAUGUACUUCAAAGCAGAGCCCUACAUUGCAGAAGAAGGUUCAGGAGAGGGACAAAAAUGGUUGUUGGUUCAUGUGGAUAAAAGAAUUACGCUUGCUUCCUUCAAACAACACUUGGAGCCAUUUGUUGGAGUCUCAUCCUCUCAAUUUAAGGUCUUUCGCGUUUAUGCCAGCAAUCAAGAGUUUGAGAGUGUUCGGCUAAAUGAGACCCUUUCAUCCUUUUCAGAUGACAAUAAGAUAACAAUUAGGCUUGGGAGAGCACUGAAGAAGGGGGAAUACAGAGUCAAGGUUUAUCAGCUCUUGAUAAAUGAUCCAGAGCCCUGCAAGUUUCUUCUCGAUUCUGUUUUUGCUAAAGGAAUGACAGUGCGGCAGUCAAAAGAGGAACUACUUCCUCAGCUCAGGGAGCAGUGUGGGCUAAAUCUAACCAUUGACAGAUUCCGCCUAAGAAAGAAGACGUGGAAAAAUCCAGGAACUGUGUUUCUAGAUUAUCAUGUUUAUGAAGAAGAUAUAAAUAUUUCAAGUAACUGGGAAGUCUUUCUGGAAAUACUUGAUGGACCAGAAAAAAUGAAAUCUAUGUCACAGCUUGCAGUUCUGUCAAGAAGAUGGAAGCCAUCAGAGAUGAAGCUGGAUCCUUUUCAGGAAGUAGUUUUGGAGAGCAGUAGUGUUGAUGAAUUAAAAGAAAAGUUAAGUGAAAUAAGCGGAAUUCCAUUAGAAAAUGUUGAGUUUGCAAAGGGUAGGGGGACUUUUCCAUGUGAGAUCUCAGUUUUAGAGAUACAUCAGGACUUGGAUUGGAAUCCUAAGGUUUCGACACUGAAUGUAUGGCCUCUUUACAUUUGUGAUGAUGGAGCUGUGAUAUUUUAUAGGGAUAAAACUGAAGAAGUGGUGGAAUUGACAGAGGAACAGAGAAAUGAACUGAUGAAAAAAGAAAGCAGCAGACUUCAGAAAACUGGACACCGUGUGACCUAUUCCCCUCGUAAAGAAAAAGCACUAAAAAUAUAUCUGGAUGGAGCGCCAAAUAAAGAUUUGACUCAAGACUGAUACUUAUUUCAGAACUUUCUCUGAGGAAGCUUUUUUGAGAAGUGUGAGAGAGGUACACUACGACUGUAGUGCCGUUAUGGCAGGACAUGAGGUGUACAGACAAGACACCAGCACUGAUUGGUAAAACUGCAGCCCCAUCAAGCUCAGUACCCCAGUCAGGUCACUGUUUGACUUGGAAUCAUGUUGUGCACUAUAGUCAAAUGUACUGUAAAGAGAAAAGGGAUGUGCAAAUAAAAAAGAAAAGUAUGAAAAUGGGGUGGGGAGGGUAAUAAGCAAAAAUCGAGGACAGUGUGCACAAAACGGUAGCUAGUAAACUAGCCUCAAACAGGAUACACAUAGCUUGAUAAUAAAAGCUGUGGAAAGGCCAUGAAUGAAUGAUUUUCUGUUUGUUUCACUGAUACACACAUUACCUCAUUGAAGAUUUCUGAAGUAAAUAUGACAGUGGCUUUUUUUAAAGCAUGAGAGUGAAAGUGGACGGAUAUGUGGUAAAAUUGGCAGUACCCAACUUUACAAAAUGAAUUUAAAAAUUAGCUGAAUCUCAUUGGAUUUCUCUUCCACAGAACAGGAUAUCUGAAGAAGAAGAAAGUAUUUUUAGCAAAAGUUACCAUACCAGCAGGUGGUGUUCCAUUUUGCAGAAAUGUUGUAACUGAUUUUUAUUUAGGUUAUGGAUACAGGCAACUUCUUUGUUCUAUUCAGUGUGUGUAAAUACAAUUCUGCCCUUACAAGUUGGCAGGAUUACAUUUCAGCUGCUUACAAUGUUUCUUUUCACAUAUCAAUAUUCUUUGUGUACUUUUAUGAGUAUAGUUGCCUAUUUAAAUUUGUAUUCAUCUUCUGUUGAGCAAUGCUGGGUACUUAGAUUUGUAAUUUUCCCAUGUUAAUGAGUUUUGGGGUUUUGUUUUUGUUUUGAUCGGCUACGUAUUUUUGUACAUUUUUGUUUGGGGACUCAUUGCACGUUUGCAUCUUCUAGUACCAUUGCAAGUCAUAUUUUAUUUUUCCUCGAGUUGAUUCAUAGUUUUUAUAUGUAGAGUGUUUUUUUUUUCCAGAGUUGGAUGUCUUUUAACACUUCCCAGUAUAAAUUCACCAGUAGUUCCGGAUGUGGUACAGACUGAUACAGUAAACAUGAUUGCAUUGCAAAGCUUAGAGAAGUACAAUUUUGCUUUGCUACAUUACAAGAUCAUUUACAAAUAAUUCCAUAGAGAAUUCUUUCACUUUCGUUUUGGCUUUGAAAAUACCAUCUAAUUUAUAUCAAUCAAUAAAAGGUUUUGGUAAACUUUUCCAUGCCAGAUGUUGUUUACAACAAUGAACAUGCCAAUAAAACAUUUGUUCAUUUUGUUGUUAUUUUAA